AUGAUCCACCCACAGGGGCCUAAGAUCCUCUGCAGGGGAAUGUUCAGCAUCCAACGUUUACUUGGGGAAGGAAGAUUCGGCAAGGUUUAUCUCGCCCGAGAAACGUCAACUGGCUUUAUCUGUGCACUGAAGGUCCUCUCCAAGCAAGCCUUGCACAUGGCUAAAGCCGAGAAAAGGGUGUUUUACGAAGUCGAAUGCCAACGAAAUCCCCGCCAUCCUAGUACCUUACGCUUAUACGGCCACUUCCAUGACUCUCAGAAUGUCUACUUAGUGCUUGAGUACACUUGCGGAGGAGACCUGUACGAUCACAUGCAAAGCAGCGGCCCCUUCAAAGAGGACGAGUGUGCACGGUUCAUGGCGCAGAUGGCAUUCGCUGUAGAUUACCUUCAUCGCAAGCGUGUCAUCCAUAGGGACAUCAAGCCGGAGAACAUUCUCAUUGGCCUACAUGGCGAGAUCAAGAUUGCAGAUUUUGGAUGCAGUGUGACCGGUACGGGCAGGAACACUAUUUGCGGCACGGCCGAGUACUUGGCCCCGGAGAUGAUCACGGUUCACAUGGAGGGUGGGCACUAUGACGAAGAAGUCGACAUCUGGAGCCUAGGCAUUCUCAUGUUCGAGCUUCUUGUCGGUCUUGGAAAGGCGCCACAACUGAACGUUGACCGCACCUGGAGGGUCGACUCGGUAACACCAUGUGACGUUCACUUAGCUAUCCCGCCGUUUCUCAGUCCGGAGGCCCGGGACUUGAUGGGGCGACUGUUGGUGAUCGAACCAAUCGAGAGAAUUUCUUUGCGGGCAAUACAAUCGCACCCUUGGAUUCUGAAGCAUUGCUUGGAGAAGCUUCGAUAG